CCCUCGUCCUAGCUUGGAGCCGGGCAACUUCCCUCCCUCCCAAACCUCGAUCGAGAUCGGCCGGCCGGCCACCUCAUGGAGGUGGAAGCAACAGCCCAGCGCCGCGCGCAGCCGCAACCAUGCAAGGACGGCGGCGCCAAGCAGCUCCCUAGCGGCGCCGCUAAACCGCUCCGCCACAACCCCCUCCUCGUCAUCAACUUCCUCCUCAUGGUCGUCGGCUCGGCGUUCGGCCCGCUCCUCCUCCGCGCCUACUUCCUGCACGGCGGGACCCGAAAGUGGCUCUCCAGCUUGCUCCAGACCGCCGGGUGGCCGCUCCUGCUCGCGCCGCUCAGCGCCUCCUUUCUCUCCCGCCGCCGGAGCAACAAAGACGGCAGCUCGGCCACGCCGCUCUUCCUCAUGUCGCCCCGCCUCCUGGCCGCGACCGUCGCCGUCGGCCUCAUGACCGGCCUCGACGACCUCCUCUACGCCUACGGGCUGGCCUACCUCCCGGUGUCCACCUCCUCCAUCCUCAUCUCCACGCAGCUGGCCUUCACGGCCGCCUUCGCGCUGCUGCUCGUGCGCCAGCGGUUCACGGCCUUCUCCGUGAACGCCGUGGUGCUGCUCAGCGUCGGCGCCGCCAUGCUGGGCAUGAACGCCGGAGGUGACCGCCCCGCGGGGGUGACGCGGGCGCAGUACUACGCCGGGUUCGGCAUGACGCUCGGCGCCGCGGCGCUCUACGGCCUCAUGCUGCCCGUCAUGGAGCUCAGCCAAGCGAGGCACGCGGCGAGGACCGGCGCGGCCGUCACGUACAUCCUCGUCAUGGAGAUGCAGAUCGUCAUCGGGUUCACCGCCACGGCCUUCAGCGCCAUCGGGAUGCUUGUGAACAACGAUUUCCACGCUAUCCCAAGAGAAGCCCGGGAGUUCGGGCUCGGCCAGAUUGGCUACUACCUACUGCUGGCCGCCUCGGCCAUUGUGUACCAGUUCUUCUUCCUCGGCACCAUCGGUGCCAUCUUCUAUGGCUCGGCGCUGCUCGCCGGUGUCAUCAUGACCGUGCUCAUCCCAGUGACUGAGGUGCUUGCUGUCCUAUUCUUCCAUGAGCCAUUCAACGGUACCAAAGGUGUCGCCCUCGCGCUAUCCCUCUGGGGCUUCGUCUCCUACUUAUAUGGAGAGAUCCGAGCCAAGGCACAAGACUCUGACAAACCAUUGAAUACGGAGCAUUUGGACCCUUAGAUGAUCAUACAAGCAUGUAUUCAAUAUGAUACUUCUAUAUUGAACUGCGCCAUUACUUUGUUGCCAAAAAACUGAUAUCUGGUAAAAUAUUAUUGUAUAGGCCUAUAUGUUUGCUUGAUGUGAUUUCUAAAUGGAUCACUAAGGUAGUAAAUAAUAGAACUAUUAGUCCGGCACAUAAAGUGGUUGCUCCAGUUCAAACGACCUUUAUUAAAGGCAGAUAUAUCUAGAUGGUGGGAUCUUCAUGAGUCUUUGCAUGAGAUCAGUACGAGAAAGGAUAGUGAUUUACUCUUUAUGGUAGAUCUUGAAAAAUCUUAUGAUAAGAUGAAAUCGAUUUUUGUGUUUUUUUCUGUUAA